UAUUUGUCUUCGUCGAAGUCCGUGCGCGGACAGCCUUCACUGCCUGGUUCACAUCCCCAGUCGUCUCGCCUAACUGACUCGCAGUACGCUGCAAUCAAGAAUGAAGCCGAAGAAGUGGUUUCUUCAACUACCGCAUCAGUGGAUACUCCUCAUUCUACUGGCUUACGUCCGAUAGUAGCUCGCCCGUCUUCCUCCCAAACGAAUCGUGAUCUUGCGAAGGUGGUCGGACAGAUUCGUCCUAAGGUUAAUAUGGAAGAAAGAACAGACUCGCCAGCGUCUUCAUCAAGAUCUUUACCUCAGGGCAGCGCUGUAGCUGCUCCUAGUCCUACUGGUCAGCAGCGAUCACAUGAUGUUCUCUUGUUAUCAAAAGACGAAAUACCUCUGAAGGAAAGAUUGAUGACUAUUUUCGUGAAUUAUUCGUGUCGCAUUGGUCCUCAUCUCGAUCCUGCGAUGGUUGCUGGGAUUCGUCGCAAGUUUGGUCCCUUCGCAACGCAUCACGCUCUUCGGGAGGCCGUCCAACAGCUGUUGAACUGUUCGAAAGACGAUGCUAUAACGUUGAAUCUUGUACAACCGGCCGCUGUCACCCAAAUUCUGUCUGUUACUGCACAUUGUGGUGGCACGCCUCGAUCACGUUUCAUUCCAUGCGUAAAAAGCUCUGCAGAUGCAUGGAACUACCUUAAACAGCUCUUGCGAAAGCUAAAGGUCUGUGAAAAUUUCUACUCGAGCACUGGUGAACCGUGUACGAUGUGCAUCCCAACAAAUGACUUGAGCGUGGAUCAGAUUGUGGCUUUCUCACCACCAAUGAAACAGUGGUCGAUAGAGAAGGUGGCUAGCGAGUUGGGAAAAUUGCUUGAUGAGACGAUUGUCGCAAAGUUCGUCGAACAGCAAAUUGAUGGACGUUCAUUGGGAUUGCUGACUACAGAACUGCUUAUGAAUUAUAUGGGUUUAGCACUUGGACCUGCCCUCAAAGUGAGUCCGAUUGUUAGGGUUUACUGA